GUCUGGCGAAGGUGGAGGGAACACUUCCGGGUCAGGGAGCGUGAGAUCCUCGGUGUUCAAUCCCACCAUCCGAACUAACUCCGAUCUCAGGUGUUUCCAGCUCUCGGUAGCUUUCCAGAAAUCGGACUGGCCUCGUUCCCAGUCCCUUGACUUCAGUUCCAGAAAGCCGGCGUCCUGCAGCACAAUGCCCCACCUGGGGCCACUGCGUCGCAGGGCCUGGGCUGCGCUGCUCGGCCAGCUCCUGCGACCUCCCAGCACUGUGUGCACCCGCGGCUGUCAUAGCCAGGUUGCAAAGGCAGUGUUAACGUCUGAACAACUGAAAUCCCAUCAAGAGAAGCCGAAUUUUGUCAUCAAGGUUCCAAAGGGCACCAGGGAUUUAAGUCCUCAACAGAUGGUUGUGAGGGAGAAAAUCCUCGAUAAGAUUAUCAGCUGUUUCAAACGUCAUGGGGCGAAGGGGUUGGAUACACCAGCGUUUGAGCUAAAAGAAAUGCUCACCGAGAAGUAUGAAGACAACUUCGGCCUCAUGUAUGAUUUGAAGGAUCAAGGUGGAGAGUUGUUGUCUCUGCGCUAUGACCUUACUUAAGUGAAACACCUUUGUUAACACCAAGCACUGCUAGGCUUCAGAGACGGUGGGAAACAAGCCUAGGAAGGUCCUUGUUUUCAUCCUGUAAAAUGAGGAUAAUUUCCAGGAACUCAGUUCUCCCUCCUGUCUGAAUGGAUUUUGACAUUGCUGGUGAGUUUGACCCAAUGAUCCCUGAUGCAGAGUGUUUGAGGAUCAUGUGUGAAAUCCUAAGUGGACUGCAGCUGGGGGACUUUCUCAUUAAGGUAAAUGACCGUCGGGUUGUAGAUGGGAUAUUUGCUGUCUGUGGUGUUCCUGAGAGCAAGCUCCGAACCAUCUGCUCCUCAAUGGACAAACUAGACAAGAUGUCUUGGGAAGGCGUGAGGCAUGAGAUGGUGGCAAAGAAAGGUCUAGCUCCCGAGGUGGCCGAUCGAAUUGGGGACUUCGUCCAAUAUCAUGGGGGGAUAUCCCUGGUUGAGGACUUGUUCAAGGAUCCCAGACUAUCCCAAAGCCAGCUGGCCUUGCAGGGCCUAGGGGACCUGAAGCUGCUCUUUGAAUACCUGAGGUUAUUUGGAAUUGCUGAUAAGAUCUCCCUUGAUCUGAGUCUGGCCCGGGGCCUGGACUAUUAUACUGGAGUGAUUUAUGAAGCAGUACUGCUAGAGUCUCCAGCUCAGGCUGGAAAGGAAACUCUGAGUGUGGGUAGUGUGGCUGCUGGUGGGCGCUAUGACAAUCUGGUAGCCCAGUUUGAUCCCAAGGGCCAUCACGUGCCUUGUGUGGGGUUGAGCAUUGGAGUAGAGAGAAUCUUCUACCUUGUGGAACAGAAGAUGAAGAUGUCUGGUGAGAAGGUUCGCACCACAGAGACCCAAGUGUUUGUGGCCACACCCCAGAAGAACUUUCUCCAAGAACGUUUGAAGAUAAUUGCAGAGCUUUGGGAUGCCGGGAUCAAGGCAGAGAUGCUUUAUAAAAACAACCCUAAACUGUUAACCCAGCUGCACUAUUGUGAGAAAGCAGACAUUCCUCUGAUGGUCAUUAUUGGUGAGCAAGAGCGGAAUGAAGGUGUCAUCAAGCUCCGUUCCGUGGCCAGCAGAGAAGAAGUGACCAUUAAUCGAGAAAGUCUCGUGGCUGAAAUUCAGAAGCGACUGUCUGAGUCUUGAUUAGUGCCUGAUUUCCAUCUGCUGCCUGUAGAAGAAAAGUUUUCAUUUAGGACCGAGUUCUGGUGGACUUUGCAACAGUGGCCAGCAUGGAUGUUGUACAAGUGCCUUCUGCUUCCAUCUCUCCUGGAUACAGAACUACAUAAGGUCCUGAGGACUCGUGGACUAGCACUAGCAGCUGCUCUGCUAGAACGCACAUGGCUGUCAUGCCUGAGAGGCAUCCUCUAGCUGCAAAGGCAGAUCUGAAGUACCUCUGAAUUCUCUCAAAGGGAUGUGAGGAUGGUCGCUAUGAGCAAGGCUCUGGAAGAGUCGCCUGAGGCUAAGACUCUGCACCAUUGAAAUGAGAAGCUAACUAUGUACUUUGUUCCUGACUGUAGCUUGGGAACUAGGUUCUGGAGAGCUUGUCUCCAUCAGACUAUGGCUUGUCCAUGGAGUGUUGAAUGGACCGAAAAAAAGAGAUGGUGUCCCAGGGGCCCAGCAGAGCAUCUGUUGGUUCUUCCAGUUAACAGGAGAAGGGUGGGGCUAUUUCAUAAUUUUGAACAUUGAACUUAAUGGAUGAUAAGUUAGCAAUAUGGUCUUUUGAGGUUUUUGAACACCAUUCCCUUUGUUAAAGUAAUUCUCCUGGAUUAUUCCAUAUCCUGAUCUGGAGAUUGUUCUAGAAGUGGUUAUAUGAUAUGUUACAUUUCAAAAAUGUACUAGUGGACUGGAGAGAUGGCUCACCGAUUAAAGGUGCAUAUUACUUUUGCAGAGGACCUGAGUUCAUUUCCUAGCAACCACAUCAGGGUGAUUACAACUGCCUGUAACUCCAGUAACUGGUAUCUGAGGCUCUCUUCUGGCUUCCACAAACACCUGCACUUAAUGUGCACAUACUGAUGCACAGACACAUACACAUAAUUAAGAAUGAAAUAAUUUUAAAAAGUAAGCAUACUUUGAGUAAUUCGUUACCCAAGGAUUAAUUUGUGUAGACAUUAGGAAAUGUUUGAAUAUAUACUGGAGAACUGUGUGAGUUACAAGUAAUCUUUCCUGGGGCUCACGUAGUAGAAGAAGAGAAAAGAUUUUCUUGUUUGUCCUCUGUCCUCUACCCACUUACCAUGACUUGUGAAGCACACAUGUAGUCUUAUAUACAAAAUAAAUUGUAAAAAGAAAAACAACCCAGUAAAACACCAACAUAAAGUGUGGCUAGGGAAGUGGCUCUCUUGAUAGAAUGUCUGCCUAGCACUUGGGAAGUGAAAGCAGGAAGAUCGGAAGUUCAGAGUCAGCUUUGGUGCCAGGCAAGGUGGCACAGGACUUUAAUCCUAGCACAAGGGAAGUAGAGACAGGCCAAUUAUCUGUGAGUUAUGGGUUGGCCAUAGCUGCAUAGUGAAACCCUGUAUAAAAAUUUAUUCAGCCUUGGAUUCACAUGAGAUGCUCUCUCAAUAAAACAAAACAAAACAAAA